AUGUAAAUUCCUAAUUAACAUGGUACAAAUCCUGAAGAUCUUAAAAUUACAAGAGAUGUAUUUGUUUUAAUGAAUUUAGGAAUUCAAAAAAAUAGAAAAGGCAAUGAAGAAGCCAGAAUUUGCUGAAUUGAUGGGUGAUUACAUGAAAGAAAUAUCAGAUCCAAAAAAUAGGGAAGAAUAUGAUUAAUAUUUAAAAUAAUUGGAAAGAGAAUCAGAAUUGCCAAAAGGCAUGAAGUUGAUUAAACCUGAACCUCAUUUUUGUGUUAAAACAACUAUUUGGAAUAAAUAAAAUAGAAAACAUGAAUAAAAAGUAAAGAAAUCAUAUAUUAUUUAAGUUUUUUAUUAAUAUAUGUUCAACAGGUGUUAUUGAUAAACCAUAAUCAGAAACAAUAACUUAAAAUGGAUAAACAGGAUAAAAUUGGAAAAUCCCCUAUUCUAUUGGUAAAAUCAGAUAUGAUUAAGACAAAAGUAAUAUUAUAAAUUUAAUAUAGAGCAAAGUAUAUGCAAUACUGUUGAUGUAGCCUUUCAUCCAAAUACUAUAGGAUUAUGUUACAAGAUGCCCAAUUUUAAAAAUUUAGUAUGUUCAACAGCACUAGAAGCAUCAGGUAAAUAACUUGGAGAAAGAAAUGAAGAAAUAAGUAAAGAUUUUAAGGUUCUUAAACAUACAAAAUGUAAAGGAGGUGAACCAGCUCUUCUUCCUGUUAGAAUAGAUAAAAAGGGAAAAGUUACAAAUGAAUUAGAUAGUAGAUAAGGAGGUUAAGCUAAUGCAUAAACAAAAUUACAAAAAGAUAUAAAUUAGAUGAGGGAAGAAAAUGAAAAGACUAAAGAAGAAGAGAAAUUAAAAUAAUAAUAAUAGAAAGAUGAAUUAGCAGAAGAAGAUGAAGAUAUUAAAAAAGAAUCUGAUGAAAUAGAAUCUACAGCUGUUUCAAGACCCAAAUAUAGAUUUAUAUAUUCAUAUCCUGUUGAAUAUAGUGAUUUUUUAGAUUCUAGAGCCAAUAUGUCUGUUAAAUUACCAAAUUAAUUAGCAUGUGAAUUGAAAAUGUAGAAAGUAGAAACUAUGAAAGAAAUUUAAUUGGAUCUUAGUAAUUAAGGACUUGUUUUAGAUGUGCCAAAUAAAUAUUUCUUGGAUAUUAAAUUACCAUAUCCAAUUGAAUAAAGUGAAGCAUAAGCAAAAUUUGAUGCAAAAUCAAAGAUUUUAAAGAUAAGAGCUCCUAUAUCUAAAGAUUAUUUAAAAAUUAAAUAUUAAGAGGAAAUUGAUAGAAUUAGGCAAGAAUAAUUAACAACUUAAAAUGAUGAAAAUGAAGAACCUGAGAUUAAAUAAGAAAUUUAGAUAAAAUUUAUUCCAUAAGAAUCUGAAGAUUAACAAAUUUAAGAUUAAAAGGUUCUUGUAGAGGAACUUGCUUCUUCUGAAAAUAAAGAUCAAUAAAAUUAAGAAAUUGAAAUAUAAGAAUAAAAACAGUAAUUUAUAAUCUAAUUUUUAGAGAGAGCUUUUAAUCAUUAACAUUCAAUUAAAGAUAAGAUGGAAAAUUAUUAUUUUUAAUAAUUCGUAUUAAAGGAUACAAAAGAGAAGAUUUAAACAUAGAAUAUGAUGAAAAUGAUCUUUGCAUAUUGUAAAAAUAAGUAGUAGAUUAAUUUGUUACAAAUCAAUUUUUACAUUUGAAAUUUUAAAAUAAUUCUGAUUAUUAAAUUACAAUUGAUUAUGUAACAGAUUUUAUUAUCAUAAAAUUUGAAAGUAGAAAUGAAGAUAAUAUAAUAUAAAUUUAAGAAUAAUGUAAAAAUAUAUAAAUAUUAAUUAUUAGAGUAUGCAAAUAUACCUUAUUCAUAAUUCUAAGAUAAGUUAAUAGAGUUAAGAGAUAAAAGAUUAAUAAAAUAAUAAUAAUAACAAAAUAACAAUUAAGAAUUAGAGAUUCCUUAUUCAAAAGAAUAGUAAUAAUAACCUGAUAAUUAAAAAAAGAUAGAAUAUGUAGAAUAACACAAUGAUGAAGAUGAUUAACCAGAACUUAAAGUAGAAAGUCAAUAAACAUUAAUAAAUAAUUAUUAAUAAAGAAAAAACAUUCAGUUUUUAAAAUUUUAAGAAAUUAUGCCAGAAAUAUUUGAGAUUGAUUGA